AUGUUUCAUUCAUCCAAAAAUAAGAAACAUCAUUCACAGUCGCCUAAUGAAACUCGCUGGCGCUCAAUCAACUUAGAUGUCAUAGACGAUGAUGAGGGAGUCUUCUCCCAAGAAGUUAAGGCGGAGUUCGAGCAGCUGGCUGGCGAGAGGUGGACCUACGCUAUCUUUUGGGAGGCAGAGAGGUCGGGGGAUUUCAGUCCGGCCAGAGGUUUCUACAAUGUGGAUGAUCACAAGUUUAAAGACAAGGCCAUCACAUUCUUCCAGCUCAGGGAUUCAUGCUCCGAGACAGUCGCCUUUGUCAGCUUCCUAGACCUAGUUUUCCGAACCGGGAACCCCAUUUGGCUGUUAGGAGUGGACGGCUUGAAGAGCUCGCUGUACUUCCAGGCCCACCAGGGCUAUCAGUAUGGACUUCAGACCAUGUUCUGGAUAGGCGCAGACCAAGGUGUCAUGGAAUUCGGCUCUACAGAGCUGAUAUACUGA